AUGAAGGAGAUAUUUGCUCAGCUUUAUAAUAAAACUUGGAGAGGUGCUGAUGUAAGUAUAACUUAAACUUGAAGCGGACGUGCUAACACACACUAUAAUUCAAAAAGAGCGGGGGAAGUUUCCCCAUUAGUGUAGUCUCUUCACAUAUCACAUAUAUCAUACAGUAGCGCAGGGAACAGAGAAGUUAUUUGUGACCUUGAUUGAAGUGAAAUUUUUCAGCUAUAAAUAUUGGGAUUCGCCUUUGUUUACUGUAGAAUCGAAUAUGAACUUGAGCGAUCCUGUUACAGACCUGAUAAAAUAAUAUCCAGUGGUCGGUUAGUCUGGGGAGGAGCGUUGCGUGACGACUCAAAAACGGCUGUGUAGCAGACUACUGGUCGGUGGGAACGAGCGUCGCCCGAAGGACGACGCAUUCAGCUUUCCGAGCGAGGCACGAUCUUGGCGUGUUCAGUUCUGCGGUAUAUAUGUUUUUUAACACGGUUUAUAGCAGCAUCUUACAACGGUUUGAUCAGUCAUGUUCAUAUUCGAUUCUACAGUAACAAAAGGCGAAUCGCGCUGUUAGGUGGAAAAUUUAACUGCAAUAAAGAGGAGAAGCCGUUGCGUCACGUUGCCAUGGAAGCAUUAUAUUACUGAAAAAGUGAAUUCGCACUGUUUCGAACUUCAUCGAUCUUAUUCAGUUUCAUUUAAUUUGUGAAAUAUUGACGAAACUUUUUAGGGUUGAAUCCGAAAUGAAAGAAGAAGAAAAUGUUGGUUUUGUGUUCACCUACUCCAUAAAGCAGGAGGUCUCACGUCGUAGUCGUGCAGUGAUGGCUACGAAAUGUAGCCUGUACACAGUCGUUGUUUUAUUUUUCUUUUCGUUCUUUUCAAAAACAUCGCCGAGCGCGCGAGAACGAGCGGCGGCGGUCAAUAAAUCCCCUGCGGUUUAUAUUUUAUCACGCGCGCUCGACGGACUUUGAAGAGAAAAUAGACGGUCUGUGAACUGGUUGAAGAAAUGUGCAAAAAAGCGUGAUGCACUUGCAAAGUUGUUGUUUUGCUCAUAUAAAUCUAUUACUUUUUGCCGAUCUCGUUGCCGUCGCCAUCGUCCUCGCUUAAACCCCCUAUAAACCUCUUCAGCUUGUAUGUUUUGUUUUCCCAAAAGAGGUCCCAGGGGAACUGGACCCUUUGUCUUUUCAUAAAUAAUGCGUAGAUAUGCACGUGAAUAAAACGAAAUUUGAAAGAAACAGUUCUCUAGAGUAUUAUCACAUGACCUGCAUAGGUAAAACAAAACAUACCAGCUAAAGAGGUCUAUUGUUGUGAUCCAGACGUUUGCUACCAUGGUAACGAGACGUCACACUUCUCCUCUCUAUCAAGGUCACAAAUAACUCCUCUGCUCCCUGUGACAGUAGCUCACAACUGGACCUACAGCGGAUCGAAGCGACUGGUACCUUUGUAUGCUGACGUCUCAGCUUACGGUACAGAUAUGAUGUACAGAGGACACCUACUGUUGUCCUCUAGCUGGCCGCGACAUUAAUUACUUUACAAGGAGCUUUAGAUUUGAGGAAGAGGACAACUACGAGUACGAAAUUUAACUUAAGGUUUUUUUCGCGUAUUCUCGAAAAAAAAUCAACCCGGAAAGCUUCAUUGUACUAUUUUUCACCUGAAAAUUAGUGCAGUUAUUUUUAUUGGAGAGGAUUUAGCCCUUUCCAGGCUGCAAAAUGAUUAAACUUCUAAUAUUUGAUAACUUGUUCCUACCACUAAGACAUUCUCGCUAAAACUUGUAGUAGAAUGACGACAGCUACCACCGAUUUCGUCCGUAAGGGUAGCAAUUUGGUUACGUUCCCUGAAUUUAUAAAAUACUUCUCUAAUCCUGAGAGAAGGCGCGAUCAUCAUUGGCGUCAAUACGAUAAAAUCUGUCAUCCCUGCCUUGUUAAGUAUGACUUUAUCGGUAAGCUGGAGAAUUUUUCAGAGGACGGCCCAUCCCUUCUAAGAAUGGGAGGACUCAGUGACAAAGCUGCUUUCCCGCCAAUUCACCAACAUACAAGUGGUGAUGAGGUUCUGAAUAAUUACUUUCAGAUACCACCUGACGACAUCAAGAAGAUUGGAGAACUGUAUUUUAGCGAUUUUGCGAUGUUUGGAUACGAGUACCUGGGCCCUGUGAAGUCAGUUCUAAAAAACGCCAAUGACCAUUCUUAAGUCUCCAUCACGAAAUGACAUGGUAAACGUGACAGUUAACAAGUGUAACAACUAAGAGAACCAAAACAUGACAAAAUACUACAGUAGAUUGAUCUGCAAAAAAUAUAAUAAACAAAUAGAGCAUAAACAUAUUUCAUAAAAACACACGGCAGAAUAACAAACAAACAACUUGAUCAAACAAAGCAAGUAUGGUUCUAUGAAUUUUUCGCUCAAAUACAGAGUUAUCUCCAUAAUUCAGAAGUUAUUACUCGGACCUGGUGAUUAAACUGAUGAACUCCGAAGAUAUUUAUCUUAAUUUCAUUGUCGGCGAAUUUCUGUAAUCGUCCAUCGUUCUGCUAGUGAGAAGCGAGCCGUUGUUCACUCGUCUUGAUUGUUUGGGGCUGAGUCUUAUUCCGGUCAAAGAGAGAGAAAGAGUGUUUGGCAAGGUUUCCAAUCAAAGAUUUGUGAACUCGUGUCUGGCAAACUCUCCAAGUGUUUAUAUAUACCAGUAAUCGGCUCCUGUAUAUACACAGUUAUACGCACCUUAUAACUUCUUCUGCGCUUAACGAAAAAAUUUUUUGCUUUCCUUAUCAAAACACUGUAUAGAUUCUAUUAAGCAAAUAAGAAAAAUUCUGUCAUAUGCACUUUAAACUUUUGGUCCGUAACUUUCACUGAAACAACUGCUCCACAGAAUGUCACUGAUAACACGUAACGCAAAAGAGUGUCGAAGUAUGACAGCACAAUAAAUGUCACAAAAUCUACCUAAGCGGUCCCUUGGUAGCCUGCGUGGCAGGCGUUUGAAAGGGAAGGGAAAGAGAGAAACGCGAAACGCAAAAUGCCAUUUCGUACUUGCGGGCGCAAACAAUAGAAACGUCAUCAUUACCUACCGAUUCCUCGCGGCCCCUGUUCAAGCAAUCGAGAUUUUUUCUAUAUUGACUGUAUGACUGUAUAUUUCAACUGUAAGUACUUUCCUUUAUAUACGCGCGAGUUACUAGAGUGCCUCCUCGGGAUUUCGCCUUCUGGGCGAAAUCCCUGCGGGGGCAAUCAUUCUUAUCAGGAGCCGAUUAAGUAAUCGGCUCCUGUUAUUAUUAUUUAUUUUUGUUUUUGUUUUUAUUUUACGUACCUCUUACAAUUACUGUAAUCAAUUAUAGUCAUGCAAAUAAAGGUUAUUGUUGUUAGGAACCCCAUUGACACCAUCAUAUUAUCCUCUAUAUAAUUGCACAGAAGAACAAAGGGCGAUACGUUUGAAGACUUACUUUGUUCAUGAGAAUGAACUAUAUUCAAAAAUUGUACACAAAAUCUUAGCUACGAAUUUCACAAUUUGACCGAAUUCAAAUUCACAAAAAUACUAUCAAGCGAAUUCAAAAACUAUUAAUCGAAUAAACGAAAAUUGUCUCUCUGUCCAAGUCCUUCCAAGUUCUAAACUGUUCUCACUUAUAUUUUUUAACAAUAGAGUUGUUAAUCUCGGUCCAUGCAAAUUUCCAUCACACUUCAUCCAAUCAGGGCUCGAAUGAGUCCCUUAACGCACGAAUGUUCUCACCACCAUCGCUAAAUCAUUAGUCCUUUUGUCCAUACUUCAAGUUCCUCUGGCCUCGUUAUUACAUCUCUAAUGGAGAGAAUGUGGUUACUUUCCUUGAAUUUAUAAAACACUACUCUCACUAUAGAAUGCGCGAUCACCAUUGGCGUCAAUACGAGAAAAUCUGCCAUCCCUGCUUGUUAAUUAUGACUUCAUUGGUAAGCUGGAGACUUUGUCAGAGGACGAUCCAUCUCUACUAA